GCCGUGAGGAGGAGAGAUGGAUGCGGGGCGACUAUCUACCGGCUGUGUGAGUGAGAUGGAGGCCGGUGGAGAUGAAGAGGGAGAGGCUCUGGAAGAGAGCGCCGAGUGCCAGAGACUCGCUGCAGAGAGAGAUGAGGCUGAAAGGCAACUCAAGCACAUUAAACGAGUUUCCCAAAUGGUGAUCGAGGAGGUGAACUUACUGCAGACUCAGCUUGAGAUUGAGAAGUCUUGCCGGGAAAAUGCAGAGGCUCUGGCAACCAAGUUGAACUGUGAGAACAGGAAGCUGAAGUAUUUGAGUCUGUCAUCACGGCCCUGUCUGGACGAGCUGUUGCCCAGUAUUUCUGACUGCAUUUCCCUAGAAGAGGAGACUGACACACAAGAUCACAGCCCUGACCCAUUUUCUCAGUACAAACAGCAGGUCAAAGAUCUCCAAGAAACAGUUAGUUCAUUACUGGAGGAGAAGAAGCAGUUGGCUUGUCAGCUUCAAGAGCAGCAGAGACAGAUAGAAGAGUUGACAGCAAUUACUGAAAAGGAGCAGGCCGAGAUGAAGGAGUUUUAUAAAACCAUCGAGCAGCAAAGCAAGACCAUUAAGAGGUUUAACAGGGUGUCUAUGAUGGCCACUUAUGAGUAUGAACACAUGAAGGAGCAGCUGGAUUUUGAGCAGAGCCUCAGGCAGAAAGCAGAGACCUAUGCACAUGAGAUGCUUGUCAAGCAAAAAGAAGCAAACAGACAGAGCAUGAUUCUAAUGCAGCAGGCAGAUCCCAGCAUUCAACUGCUCAAAGCUUUAGAAGAUGUGACCAAUGUGACCAAAACAUUGGAAGAAGAGAGAAUACAGCACCAAGAGAAGGUAAAAGCUCUGGAGGCUGAACUGGAAGAAUGUGCUUUGCAUAAGCAGCUAGUUCAGCUACAGAGGCAACUAGAGAUAUUAGAUGAGGAAAAGAAAGAGACAGAGGGAAGACUGCAGGAGGAAGAGAAGAAAAACAGCAUUUUGGAAAAUAAAGUUAAAGAGCUGCAGGAGGCGAGGCAAAGCUGUGAUUCAGCAUCAGGCCCCUCUCCUGGGACGGCUCCUCCCCCUGCCCCUCUUCCUCAACCGCCUCCACCUCCCCCACCACCACCUCCUCCUCCUCCCCCACCUCCUACCUCCCGCUGCAACCCCCUCAGCUCCUUAAUUGCAAUUAUGAGGAAAUCUUCCAAGGGAGGUAAAGGAUCCCUGAAACUAGAGCAAGCCCCAGCAAAUGAAGCAGUGGAUGAUGUUAAAGUGAAAGCUGUCAAUGAAAUGAUGGAGAGAAUUAAACAUGGGGUAGUUCUCAGGCCUGUGAAGGGUCAGGACACUAAGAGAUUUGGUACAAAGCAGCCGAGGCCAGUAGCAGAGGAAAAGCAGCAGGAGAGUGCAAUGGAAGAGCUAAAAGGCAUUCUGGAGACAGUGAAGAAGAGUCCCAGUCGUGGAUUCCAGGAAACCGUCCAUGCUAAAAAAGACAGUGAACUGGAAGUGAUUCUAAGGAGGAGACGCAAACAGGCCUUUGAUCCGCACACAGAAGAUGGUGGGCAGCUGAGUAAAUUCUCCUCAUCAAACAGCCUGAAUGGUCGGCACAGUUCUGACUCAGGCAAAGACACAGAAGGGCCGGGCAGCAGUUCUCUCUCAGGCAGUGAGCGUGGAUCGAGAACCAGCUCAGACUCUGGCCGAGAGCCAGCUAUAGCCCGUCAAAGCUCAGAUUCGGGCACAGAGUUCAAAGGAACCUGUCAGGCAGACACUGUUUGCAGAUCUCUCUCUGAGAAAGAGUCCUCUGAGCCUGUCACCAACGGAUGCUGUUCAAGUGAAGUGAAGUAUGGAGAUCCAGAUAAGUGGGUGGGGCCCACUGGUCAUACAGCUGCAAGUGAUGACCUGCAUACCACAAUCAGCUCCUCUGCACAAAGCUCCAAUGCAGCAAACAGUAGCACAGAUGCCGAGUGUUAACAGCAAGAGGCCCUGCAAGCACAGCUGCAUUAUUUGCACAAAACCAUGCUUUCAGAAUUUAUUUAUUCCAAAUAAAAAAAAUAAAAAACAAAUCAAUUCAUAUUUUAAAUGAAAACAAACAGAUCAUUUCACCAUUUGCAAAUUGCAGUUUUUUGAAAACCGAAGUUCCUUAACAAUGGCACAUUUAACAGAUAAAGUGAAAUCUGAAAACAUUUACCGUAUCUGCUUUUUGCUCCUUUACAAGUAAACAGGGUGUUAAGACAUUAGGGACAUCUGUCAUAUACUUUUCUACUUAAAUUAAAUUCAUUCCACAUGAUAGUUGCUAUGAUUUUGGAAUCAUCUUGCCUUGGAUUCAUAUUUUUAACAACUGAGUCACAUUUCCUUAAAAAUGCAAGUAAGGAAACUUUAACACAAUGCAGCAAAACAAUCCUGAAAUCACUGCACUUCAUAUCAUGGCGUCUUUGCUGUUACAAACUAGGCUCUAUCCAAAUUAAUCUAAAAAUGUAUUUAUAAGCCAUGUGAGUGUUUCUUCUUAAGGAUAUACCGUAAAGAGGAAUGAUGGUGGUCUGUUCUACCUCUUAAACACACUCACCUCUUGAGGAUUUGAAAUUGUACAGAUCCUACAGUAUAUGAAAAUACCAUCAAACAAUGGAGGGCUAACCACCAAUGUCUUCCUGUUUCCAAACUUUGCACUGCAAGAAUGCACUAAAAGAGCAUUUUGGCAUUUCUUAAUUAGAAUUGUGCUCACUACUCAGCAAUUUCAUUGCAAUAUCAUCGGCAAAUUGUAAUGUUGUGCAGGAUGAGGCUGCCUUUAAUAACUGCAAAUAUAUGCCUUGUGACUCCUCUUGACUCUAAUAAGUGGAUCAUGUUAAUGUCAAUGAUCAUGGUAAUGUGGUCAACAUUAUGGCCUUCUCAGUUGUCUUGUUUUUGCUUCUGCUGAAAUCGUCAGCUUUGGUACAGCAUACUGGAUUGGUUUGAUAUUUUGAUAUCAAGCUGAAGUAGGGCAGGUCAGCUUUUUGACUACUGAAAUAAUAUUUGACAUGGCCAGUAACUUUAAAUGCUGAAUGACUUGUGGUUGCGAAUAUGCAUCACUUGUCAAAAAAUUGGAAAUCUCAAAUAUUUUAUGAUAAAAAAAAUUGGUCUUCACACUUUCAUCACAAAAUAUAAUUUUUUUUUACACCACUGGAAAACAAACAACCCACGUUUCUGUGACACAUUUACAAUUUUUUUUUUUUAAAUUCAGGAGACAUCUUGAUGAACUUAAAAAUGCUCCUUAAUUUCUCACCACCUCUGGAAUGUGUUUUGGUCUUUGUAUGCAACAUUUCUUCCUUUUUGGCCUUUUGGAGUGUAGGCUUGAUUUUUUAUAGUGAAUCUGAGAGGUGACUGAUCUGACUUGUGAUCUUAAAAUGAGUGUUUUGAAGCUUGAAAACUGAGUGUACCUGUUUUUAUUCAAAUAAAAUCUCCCUCUUCAACAUACCUUUUAAACUCAACUGAACAAAUAAACUCUCCAUCUGUAGUAAUAUUUGUUUCCUUUUUUUAAACAAAUGCAUGUCAGCACCCCAUUUCGACUACUGGUUGUAUUAUGAACCUGCAUUUAACAGCACACAGUUGUACAGUACCUUAGUGUUAAAUAACAAGCUCAAAACUUGCUUAAUUUUUUUAAGCAGAUUCCAAAAAGUACUUUGAGUCCAGUUAAACAGUGCAGUUAAACAAAAGAGAGUGUAAAACAUUACAAAGAGUGCAAUGAAAUAUAUAUGAAGGCAUUAGCAGGUAAUGCAACUGGAUCUGCCAGUGCCAGUGAGAAACAGAACCUUGCAGUGUCAAGAAUAGUGUGAAAGGGAACUGAAAGAAGUGACAGAAGAGGGAAAGGAGAUGUCUCAAUGUCUCUGUCAUUGAAUUUCAUGAUUUCUAUCAUUCUGCUUGAAUUUAUUUUAGCUUGAUUAG